CUACUCUCUGCCCCAAGAUUACGAACACCAACCGGCCUCCUUCAUACAUAUCUCAAUGUAAAAACUCGCUCCUGCGUCCCCUUUCAAUACAUUCUUCGUUCCAUCGCAACUCGUCUUUCUGACUCGAGAAUAGCAUCACGCACCAACGCAAACACCUGACUUCGAAAUCAGCAACCAUGCCUUCCAAGUCGAGGAAGAAGGAAAAGCAAAUGGCAAAGCAGACCCAAAAGCAAGAGGGAGUGAAAACCCUUCAACAGAAACAGCAGGAAACUACCCCGGCUGCUCCUGCCCCUACCUGCUCAUCCCCCUCCUCCCCAGCAACGCAGCCAAUCGACCCCACACAAUUGGAUCGUCGCCAAUUCCACAAAACCGCCCUGCUUCAAAUCAAGAAACUCUACACUGGGGUUAACAGCGCAGACACAACCCAAGCCCUCCUCUCCUUCCUCAACUCCCUCGCUCGCUUCCCCGAUACUCUCCCCUGCUGCCACGGCGGCGAGCACAGCAGCAGUUACCGCCACAUCUGGCCUCACAGUCCCCUAGAGGACAUGCGUGCAGAAGGCGAAGAAGUCAAGUACUGGAUCCACUACCUCGACUUGAUCAAGCAGUGGGAGUUGAGAAGGCGGGAGGCGCAGUCGUGGAUGAAGUACUAUGAUGCGAUUUUGGGGAGGAUAAUGGAGAUGCAGAGGGGGGAAGAGGUGGUGGAUGGGCGGGUGCAAGAGGAGGAGCGGAAGCGGGAGGAGAAAUCUGCGGGUGAUAUUUAUCUUGAUCCGGAGAUCGAGCAGGGGGUCAUUAACAACAUGGCUCUGGCUGACCCUGAUGAUCCAGACCGAAAGCUCACAAAGGAGUGUAACAAGGGAGCUGAAGGCUCACAGCCGAACAACGAAGCGCAGGACCCCGAAGAGAAGCCGGACGUCAGACUCAGCCUCGACAUCUGCCGCUACUUGUUUAAGCAACUGGUCCCUCCCGAUCUCGAUGAAGAGAAGCACGAAUUGUCGGCCGAACCUUGCCGGCUGGCUUUCAAUCAGAUCAUCAUGACCAACGCCGACGCCAGGCAAUUGACCAAGAACUGCAUCGAGGGGAUCGAAGGGUUGCUGGAUGAACUUCAAUCCGAAGCCGAAGCCCUGCGGGUGGGUUGGACCGUGGAAGAUGCGGUUGAGGAUAGUGUGUGUGAGGAUGAGGAUGAAGACCACCAUGCCACCAGCUACGACUGGAUGAAGGACCUGAUGUCAGCGGGCAAAAUCGGAGGUGAGGAUGGAGAGAUUCCUGUCGGGCUCUCCGAGUAUUGGAGGUAUUCCAAGGCUUAUUUUCAUCUUUACCUGUAAGCUAGUGGCUUACGAGGAUGGUAUGGUGCACAAUAAGUG